AUGGCGUUCGGGUCCGGCAUGAUGCUGCGUGCCGUUGUUGUUGCCACCGUCGGCAUGGCGCUGCUCCUCUCCGCCGUCGCCUUCUCCGUCCCCUCUGAAGCGAAGCCGGUCGUCGCGCCGCCUGAGCCCGUCGCGCCCACCCCCGGCGUCGCUCUGCUGGCAUACGACGUCGCGAACGUCCUCGACAGGGCGUACGAGCGCUUCAACGACGUCGUGGUGCCCGAAGUCGGCAUCCUAUCUUGGGUGGUGUUCGUGUACGGCGUUUACGUCGCUUGCUCCCUCACGUGGUUCGGCGUGGACGUCGCGACGCGCACGCUCGUAUUCAAGGACCCGGGCGGCGAGCUGUACGCGUUCGCGCUGCUCGUGGCGACCUUGCCGUUUUUCCACCCUGGAACCUACGACUACGUGCCGACCCGCGCGUUCCGCAGCCUCGGCUGCGCCGCGAUCGGCCGCGCGCUGCUCGGGUGUUUCUUCGACACGAGCCGGGCGCUGACGAGCCUCGGACGCCCGUCGGGGGCGCGGCAGCGCCCACGUGGCCUUGCGGGCAUGCUCGCGUGCAUCCUGAGCGACGGCGUCGACGAGGACGAGUGGGACUGGGGGUCGCGCAACGCGAACGACAGCCGCUCGCUGCAGUCCCAGCUGCGCGACAGCUCCUCGCCGAGGAAAUUCACCGGCCGGGCCGUGACGUGGGGCGGCGCGGAGAUCGUCGAGCUCGCCGCCGACGUCGACGACCCGCAGUGA